GGAAGGAUAGCACUUCAUAUGGGCCUCAUAUAUAUAAAUUGAGAGCCCAUACUCCAAAGUUUGGCCCAAAUCGAGAAUCGUUGGCACCCAUCAGUUAAGGCGGUGGAUGACGUCGUCAAUCAACUCGAAGUCGAAGCCCUUGCCUUGUGCAGCCAAUUUACCGAUCGCCGGCGAGAUUGGUCUUCGCGUCGGAGAAAUGGUUGGGGCGCAACCCGAGAGAGAGGACCGAGUUUCUUUGGAACUCACCGACGAGAUUCUACAGAGCAUGGAACCUGGCGCCGUUUUCAGAGACUAUAAUUGCAGGAUCAGCUCGAUUGACUUCCACAAAACUUCGAGCUAUAUGGUGACGGCUAGCGACGAUGACUCGAUUCGUCUCUAUGAUGUCGCAAGCGCUACGUGUCUGAAGACGAUUAACAGCAAAAAGUAUGGGGUCGAUCUUGUUUGCUUCACUUCGCACCCGACAACUGUCAUCUACUCUUCCAGAAACGGAUGGGACGACUCUCUGCGGCUUCUCUCCUUGCACGAUAACAAGUACCUGCGCUACUUCAAAGGACACCAUGGCAGAGUUGUCUCGCUUAGCUUGUGCUCUGGUGGGGAAUGCUUCAUCUCCGGUUCUCUGGAUCGAACUGUUUUGCUUUGGGAUCAGAGGGUCGAGAAAUGCCAGGGUCUGUUACGAGUCCAAGGAAGGCCUGCUGCAGCAUAUGAUGAUCAAGGGUUAGUUUUUGCAAUUGCCUUUGGUGGCUACAUAAGAUUGUUUGAUGCCCGUAUGUACGAAAAGGGUCCUUUUGAAAUAUUUUCCGUUGGUGGUGAUUAUUCUGAGGCGAACGUUGUGAAAUUUAGUAAUGAUGGAAGGCUCAUGCUGCUUACGACCAUGGAUGGUCAUAUUCAUGUGCUGGACUCGUUUCGUGGAACACUUCUAUCGACAUUUAGUGUGAAACCGGUAGGCGAAGAAUCGACAUUGGAUGCAACCUUCAGCCCUGAAGGGAUGUAUGUUGUUUCAGGUUCGGGAGAUGGGAGUACACAUGCAUGGGGCGUGAGGAGCGGAAAACAGGUUCAUAGUUGGAUGGGCCAUGACAGUGAAGCCGCAGUCAUGAAAUGGGCUCCAGGAAGCCCCAUGUUUGUCACUGGCUCUUCCGAACUUGCCUUUGUUAUCCCUGACUUAUCUAAAUUGCCUGCUUAUGCCAUUCGGAAAUAGGAUCAUUUGUACGACUUUCACUCUUGUAAUGUGGUCACAGGCUCUACGCUCUCUCCAUGUAGAUAAGCCUUUUCUAGUGUUAUCACAUCUUGUAUUCAAACGAUUAUUAAACUCUUGGUCUACCCUAUAGAUAUAAGCCUUUUCUAGUGUAACUUGCAAAUUUGAUUUGCUUAUUUAUUCCCCUACCUUGUACUACUAACGAAGGUUGACUUGUUAAAAA